AUGCGCGGCACGAUAAAUGUAAGGUAGCAAAUAUAGGCUUAUCAUUUUUUAUUCACCUGAGAGGGGUUAUUAAAGUCUGUUUAGGAAUUUACGAAAGUCUCUAGCUGAUGCUAGACGAGACGCAUCAGCUCAGAGAUGCGGACCGGUGUCUGUUUCUUGAUUCCUGCAUUUGCUUCACUUUUAUUGACUGAAUGUAAAGCUGAAAACCGUGUCGACCCAUCAAAGUGCCAAGUUUAUGGUCCAGGCCUGAUUUCAAAUACUGUCCUUCCGGCUCGUUACUUUUUCAUUGAAGCUCAAAACUCGGAAGGAAAAAGGAUCCGAAAAUCUCCAGAGGGUGUAUUUGAAGUGAAAUUUGAAGGAGGAUGCAGGCUGUGGCACGAAGUGUUCGACAUAAGAGAUGGUUCCUUUAUCGUGCGAUACAAAUUAUACAAACCGUGCCAAGAGAUGAAAAUAAGCAUUUUGUACAACAAUAAAUUAGUUGCUAAAUCCCCUUAUGUCUUAGAAGGUCCAGUUCAUCCAGAAAACUGUUACUGCCCAAGAGAAGAUUUUGAUGCGUGGAUGAGGAGCUUUGGAUGUCCAGCGCAGACAGACAAACAGAUACUUGAAGACUUUGAACCAUUUCCAAGCUGGAAUUUCACAGAGUUUAGACCGGUGGCAUGGAAGAGAUUCAACAGACCAAAUAGCAUGAGCGUUUGCAACUAUGUGGUCAAAAACAAUGAGGUGCACCGAAAAUGCUUGGGAGCUCACGUCGGAUUCAAAAUGUUCUGGGAUAAUAUUUUGCUGUCAAUGGCGAGGAAAGUAAAGCUUCCCAACCUUGAAUUGCUCGUCAAUCUGGGCGAUUGGCCCUUGGUGCGCCUUGAAGAGUUAAAAGUUCCCAUGCUUUCCUGGUGCGGCUCAGAAGAAACAGCUGACAUCGUUGUCCCGACUUACGAGUUGACUGAAGCUACUUUGGAGUGCAUGGGAAGGGUUACCCUGGACAUAUUGUCCGUGCAAGGCAACACACCGCUUCCAUGGGAGCAGAGGAAGGCAAUGGCAUUUUGGAGAGGUCGAGAUUCCAACAGAGAGCGACUCCAUCUGAUCGAAAUUGCCAGAGAGCACAGUGACUUGAUCAACGCUUCUUUAACCAACUUUUUCUUUUUCCGAGACCUGGAAGAAGUCUAUGGGCCUAAAGUAAAACACGUGUCCUUUUUUGAGUUCUUUGAAAACAAGUACCAGCUCAAUGUGGACGGUACUGUGGCGACCUAUCGUUUUCCAUUUCUCCUCGGAGGCGGCUCGACUGUUUUGAAGCAAGAAUCCACUUACUACGAGCAUUUCUACAGUAAACUGCGCCCUUGGCACCACUACGUCCCGAUGGCGCAAAAUCUCAGCGAUCUUGUGGACCGUAUCAAAUGGGCAAAGGAAAACGACAAAGAGGCGCGUGAAAUUGCGCUCAACGGCCAAGCGUUUGCCCAGGAAAAUCUGAUGCCUAAAGAUGUGAUUUGCUACUAUGCUAUGGUUUUUAGAGAAAUUCGGGACCGAUUAGUCAGCAACGUGAAAGUACGGAAAGGAAUGGAAAAAGUGCUGCAGCCAGAUAGUGAUUGCAAAUGCUUGGAAGGCCAUGUGAUUAGGGACGAAUUGUGAAAAAAAACGUUAUCAAAUACAUCCUUGAUUUAAUGCAUUUCAAUUUGAAUAAAUUUUUUAAAUUUUAUAGUUAAAAAAAUAUA